AUUGGAACAUUAAAAUUAAGUAAACAAUAGAAGAAGAAAAAAAACAUGAGAAAUUUUUGGAUCACAAUAAUAAAUGUAACCAAAAUUUGCAUCUAAGAUCUUCAAAACAAAAAAAAAGUCAUCUUUGAAAAGAGGAAAAAAAAGAAAGUUUUUUUCCCUCAUUUUCUUUGCAAUUACACCAUGAAAGCUUCUGAAAUUCCUUCUUCAUCUCAACACCUUCUUGAAAAUGAAGAACAAUCCACUACCCUCACCCCUACCCCCAUCCCCACCCCCACCAAAAACUCCAAGAAAUUAGCUCUUAUACCACUUAUUUUCAUCAUCUUUUUUGAGGUAUCUGGUGGCCCUUAUGGUGCAGAAGCAGCAAUUGGGGCAGCUGGACCUCUUCUUGCAAUUCUUGGAUUUCUGAUUUUCCCAUUUAUUUGGAGUGUCCCUGAAGCUCUUGUAACUGCUGAACUUGCUACUACUUUCCCAGGUAAUGGGGGUUUUGUUAUUUGGGCUGAUAAAGCUUUUGGACCCUUUUGGGGUUCUUUAAUGGGUUCUUGGAAAUUACUUAGUGCUGUUUGUAACUUAGCUUCUUACCCUGUUCUUUGUUUAGAUUAUAUUAAAUUGAUUUACCCAAUUCUUGAUUCUGGUUUACCUAGGUAUAUUGCUAUUUUCUUCAUAUCUAUGUUCUUAUCUUUCUUGAAUUACUUAGGUUUGUCUAUAGUUGGUUACACUGCUGUUGUUCUUGGUGUGCUUUCCCUUUGCCCCUUUUGGUUAAUUACAUUGUUUUCAAUUCCAAAGAUUGAUCCUAGUAGAUGGUUGAGUUUAGGCCAAAAGGGUGUUAAAAAAGAUUGGAACUUGUUCUUUAAUACCCUUUUUUGGAACUUGAAUUUUUGGGAUAAUGCUAGUACUUUAGCUGGUGAAGUUGAACAACCUCAAAAGACAUUUCCUAAAGCACUUUUUUCAGCUGGGAUUGUUACAUGUAUUAGUUACGUGUUGCCGCUUUUGGGUACUAGUGGUGCUGUCCCUUUGGAACAGGGUGAGUGGAUUGAUGGUUAUUUUGCUAAUUUGGCUUCUAUGAUUGCUGGAAAUUGGUUGAAGUAUUGGAUGGAACUUGGGAUUGUUCUGUCUGUGAUUGGUUUGUAUGAGGCUCAGUUGAGUAGUUGUGCUUACCAAAUUCUUGGAAUGGCUGAGAUGGGGUUGUUGCCUCGGGUUUUCGGUGUAAGAUCAGAAUGGUUCAAUACACCUUGGGUUGGGAUUCUUGUACCAACACUAGUAGCAUUGGCUUUGUCCUACAUGACAUUCACAGACAUCGUGUCAUCUGUGAAUUUCUUGUACAGUCUCGGGAUGCUGCUAGAGUUUGCAUCGUUUUUGUGGUUGAGGAGGAAAAUGCCUAAAGCUAAGAGGCCGUAUCGAGUGCCAUUGUCAAUGCCAGGACUGUUGGUGAUGUGCUUCAUUCCGUCUUGUUUUCUGGUUUAUGUUAUGUUUGUUGCUCAUAGGACCGUGUAUAUAGUCAGUGCCUUGCUCACUGUUUUCGCCAUUGCUUGGUACUUCUUCAUGGAGUUUUGUAAAACCAAGAUGUGGUUUGAUUUUGAAACUGUUGAUCAAGACAAAGUUGAUGAUGAGAUAUUUUGAUCCACCGAGUUUCAAACUAUGCACCAGUUGGCCCUCGAGGAUUUCUUGAUAUAAAAUAAAGAAUUAAUGAUGCUAGAGUUCGCGUUGUUUUUGGUGUUGAAGAGGAAAUGCCUAACGCUAAGAGGUCGUACCAAGUGCCAUUGUCUAUGCUAGGGUUGGUGGUGAUGUGCUUCGUUCCGUCUUGUUUUCUAGUUUAUGUUAUGGUUGGUACUUCUUCAUGGAGCUAUGUAAAACCAAGAUGUGGUUUGGUUUUCAUAGUUCUCAAGACAAGGUUGGUGAUGACAUUUUUUAAUCCAUCGAGUUUCGAACUGUGCACCAGCUUGGCCCUUUGAAGAUUUUCUUCUUGAUAUAAAAUAAAAUAAAAAUGUUAGUUUGAUAUAUGUAUUAAUUUAUGAUGUGUUUGCUUAGUGUAAAGUAGUUGGAACAUGUAAAAUGUGAUUUGUUUCUUAAUUUGAGUUGAAGAUUUGAUGUUGA